AUGGCUUUCGCGCCCAAAACGUCCUCCUCCUCCUCGCUCUCCUCGGCGUUGCAGGCAGCUCAGUCGCCGCCGCUGCUCCUGAGGCGGAUGUCGUCGACCGCAACACCGAGACGGAGGUACGACGCGGCCGUCGUCGUCACUACCACCACCACUGCUAGAGCUGCUGCGGCUGCUGUCACGGUUCCCGCCGCCCCGCCGCAGGCGCCGGCGCCGGCGCCGGUGCCGCCAAAGCAAGCGGCGGCACCCGCCGAGAGGAGGAGCCGUCCGGUGUCGGACACCAUGGCGGCGCUCAUGGCCAAGGGCAAGACGGCGUUCAUCCCGUACAUCACCGCGGGCGACCCCGACCUAGCGACGACGGCCGAGGCGCUGCGGCUGCUGGACGGCUGUGGCGCCGACGUCAUCGAGCUGGGCGUGCCCUGCUCGGACCCCUACAUCGACGGGCCCAUCAUCCAGGCGUCGGUGGCGCGGGCUCUGGCCAGCGGCACCACCAUGGACGCCGUGCUGGAGAUGCUCAGGGAGGUGACGCCGGAGCUGUCGUGCCCCGUGGUGCUCCUCUCCUACUACAAGCCCAUCAUGUCUCGCAGCUUGGCCGAGAUGAAAGAGGCGGGGGUCCACGGUCUUAUAGUGCCUGAUCUCCCGUACGUGGCCGCGCACUCGCUGUGGAGUGAAGCCAAGAACAACAACCUGGAGCUGGUGCUGCUGACAACACCAGCCAUACCAGAAGACAGGAUGAAGGAGAUCACCAAGGCUUCAGAAGGCUUCGUCUACCUGGUGAGCGUGAACGGAGUGACAGGUCCUCGCGCAAACGUGAACCCGCGAGUGGAGUCACUCAUCCAGGAGGUUAAGAAGGUGACUAACAAGCCCGUUGCUGUUGGCUUCGGCAUAUCCAAGCCAGAGCACGUGAAGCAGAUUGCGCAGUGGGGCGCUGACGGGGUGAUCAUCGGCAGCGCCAUGGUGAGGCAGCUGGGCGAAGCGGCUUCUCCCAAGCAAGGCCUGAGGAGGCUGGAGGAGUAUGCCAGGGGCAUGAAGAACGCGCUGCCAUGA